UUCGUGUUGCUCAACAUGGCCGCGCGCUGCUCGGAUCAACAGGUCUGAAGGUGUCCAUGAUGUCCAGUCUGCAGGUGAGUAUCACUGAGCUCCUGCUCUCAUUGGACAGUCCAGAGCUGCAGGAGGCGGAGCAAGUCAGAGCAGCUGUCAAUCAGCAGUUGAGCACAGACAGAGGAGGUGCUGUGCUGUGCUCUCUGGUGGAGUACUACCUGGACUCGUCCUCCUCCCAGGUGGUGCUCCUCCUGUCCUCCAUCAGAGAGCCUCAUCACAAGCCGCUGCUGGAGAAGCUGAACGAGUCUCUGAACAGACCAGGAUCCAGACUGGCUGGUCUGACUCUGCUGGGUCACCUGAUCCGGAAACAGCCUCCGUGGGUUCAUCACAUCAGCCGCUCGGCUCUGCUGCCGUCGCUGCUGCGCUGCCUCAAGACAGAGACAGACGUGGUGGUCCUGAUCACAGGAGUCCUGGUCCUCAUCACCCUGUUACCCAUGAUCCCUCAGACCGGCAAGCAGCACAUCUACGACUUCUUUGACGUGUUCGGACGCCUCGUUUCCUGGAGCCACAAGAACCCUGGUCAUGUCCCGGUGGUCCACCUGGUCCACCUCCAUGCAGGUGUGUACUCUCUGUUCCACCGGCUCUAUGGGAUGUUCCCCUGCAACUUCAUCUCCUACCUGAGGCUCCACUACAGCAUGAAGGAGAACUUGGACACCUUCCAGGAGGUGGUCAAGCCGAUGUUGGAACAUGUAAGGGUUCACCCAGAGUUGGUCACAGGGACUCAGGACUAUGAACUGGACCCGUCCAGGUGGAAGUGUUAUGAAGUCCAUGACAUCGUGAUCGAUUGCUCCAGAGUGUCUCUGGAUCCUCUGGAGUCGUCCUGUGAGGAGGACAUGUACUCCUCCAUCAGAGACCCUCCUCCCACCUCCUCCUUCACUCCACUCAACCUCACCUCCAGUCCUCUAAACACAGAGACCGUCAGCAGCUCAGGAAGUUCAGUUUGUCCUCAGCUGCUGUGUGAACGUCUGACUCUCAACAGCUCCUACGUACAGGCUGAUGAUGUCACUUGGAGUCCGUCCUCACAAUGUGGUUUGUCGACGCCCCCUCCUGAACCUGCUGCAACAGACUCCUCCUCCCUACUGAGCAGGACCGCCUCCAUCUCAGGUGAGACAGGUGUGAAAUGUCCCUCACCAGCCACCAUCCCAGCGAUGCCGCUGACUGAAGAAAACCAAGAUGGCGGUCACAACAACGACCAGGUGAAGCUGGUCACACAGCUGGAGGUGUUGUCCAUUCAGCCAAUCACAGAGCUGCAGGGAAGAGGCCAGUGUGAUGUCAUCAGUACCAUCAGAGAAGACGUCCGACCCCAGCAGCCUUCCUCCUCCUCCUCCUCUCAGCCACUCCUCCUCACCUCCACCCCCCGUCAUGGUUCAGCCCUCCCCUCUUCUCCCUGCUCCCUCUCACUCUGCUUCACCCCCCCUCACCCCUCCUCCUCCUCCUUCACCACCCAGACAUCAGAGGAGGGAGGCUCCGCCCCUUCCAGCCAGAGCCCGGCCCCCCCGUACGAGCUCCUGUUUGAGCUCGCUGUGCCACGAGCCGCCAUGCUCUUCAUCGGAAGGAUGAGUCAGGAGGCGCUGGAGAGAGCAACAAGGGAGCAGGAGAAGGGACGAGGAGGAGGAGAGGGGGAGGACAGGGAGGAGGAGCAAACCUCCAUCUCUCCUCUGGAGGUUUUGGAUCAGCUGAUUGUCCACGGACACGACGCUCAUGAACACCUCAGCAGAAGGUUGUCAGCAGUGAAUAAGUCGGUGGAUAGGAGUCAUUUUGGAGGUAAACAGCAGAGCAUGAAAACCAAAGGCCCCGCCCAGGGGGAGGAGCUUCAGUCUCUGAGGAGUCAGCUGUUGUUGGUCCACAGUCAGCUGCAGUACGAACGUUUCAAACGUCAGCAACACGCCGUCAGAAACCGCCGUCUUCUGCGUAGAGUCAUCAACGCCACCGCGCUGGAGGAGCACGUCGUUGCCAUGAAGGGUCAGCUGAGCGUUCAGGACGAAGAGAUUCGUUCUCUGAAGUCGAGUCUGCAGGAAGAACAGAGACGAUACACACAGCUACAGCACGACACACACACACACACCACGCAGCUGCACACACACAACCAACAGCUGCUGCUGCAACAACAGGACGAGCAGAGAGACAAGCAGAGACUCAAGAGCGAGCUCCAGGAGUGUCAGAGCAUGUUGAGGGACCUGGAGGCGGAGCUUCAGAAAGCCAGUAACAAGGCUUACAAUGCAGAACACCAGCUGACCCAGCUGUCACUCAAGUUGUGCAGCAGUGAGCAGCUGCAGCAGCAGAUCUUCCUGUUGAACCAGCAGCUCGUCCUGCUGAGAGAAACUAACAGAGCUAUGAGUGAACAGCUGGAUGGAGGAGAGACACACCAGCACACUGAGGCGUCCAUGCUGCAGUGCAGUGUGGGUAAGGAGUACCAGCGGCUGAAGGACAGCGACGUCCAGCAGAGACAGAAGCUGGAAGCAGCCAAUCACAGGACAGCAGAGCUGGAGAACCAGCUGGCCAAGAAAGACCAGCUGAUCCUGGAUCAGAAGAAACUCCUGGACGACACCAAGGCCCAGAGCAGAGGCGAGCUGUCGGCGUGUGAGAGUCGCUGUGAGGCUCUGAGGAGAGUCACCCAAACACUUCAGACGGAGACGCUUCACCUGUACAGCCAGAUCCACCUGGACACACACAGCAGGCCAAAUGGCGGCAGCGUCGCCUUACCGGCACCUCAGGCCGGCCACAAACCCCGCCCCUUCUCUUCUUCUUCUGUUGGUAUAAUAAACGGAGCUACGGAGACCUUCUCCACCUCCCCCCUGCACCUCCCCUCCAGCUCAUCCUCCCCCCUCUCCCUCUCCCCCAUCGACUCCCCCCUGGCCGUCGGCUCCUUCCUGGAGCAGCGUGCACGGCAGCUGUUCAGACCGACCAAUCACAGCCAGGAGGAGGAGGAGGAGCAGGAGGGGGAGGAAAAGGAGGAGGAAGAGGAGCAGGAGGACCAGCCAGAUAGCCCUCCUCUGGGUCAGGAGGCAGACAUCCUCCUUGCAGGGAGUCCUCAGACGGAGCCACCAAGCUGGGCUUCAGAUCACAGCCGGACCUCCUCUGGACCUCCUGCACCUCCUGGAGACCUGACACUCGCUGUCCGCCAGAGGAGGCACGAACUCAGCAUCAUGGACUACGACGAGACGCUGCCCGAGUACUGAUGGGGAGUAAAGGAGGGACGAAGGAAGGACAAAGGAGGGACAAAGGAGGGACGAAGGAGGGACGAGGGAGGAUGAA